UGAAACUUUUCUAAUAGAAGUAAUUCCAGCGAGCAUCUCUCCUCCGGCGUAGCAUCUGUGCCAUUCGUAAGUCUGUGAGUCGACGACAUCGGAAGCGUGAAAAUGGUAUUUGCUUCUUUUUAACAACCACAUCUCACCAGGAAUUAAAAUGGAAUUCUAACACUAAAAUAAAUAUUUUUAUAGAAUUUCGACGUCCAUUACUGGCUAGGGACAACGCUAGUUUUGUGGCUGACGAACCAGAAACAUCUGGUCUUGCCCAGACUCCAGUUUCGACCCAAAACCUUACUAAAAAUGCAACGAAGCCGAAAAAGUCAAAAUGGAAGCGUCUCUUCCCUUUCCGCAUCAAAAAAGUUCACCCCUCUCAUGAGCAGACUGAAGUGUCUCCAUAUGGAUCAUUGUGUGUUUAUUCGGGAUUUGGUAGGACGUUUGAACGCAUCAACCCGGGGGAAGAAAUUGCGAUUGCUGUAUUCGGUGCAAGAGGUGUCGGGAAGACUUCUUUACUCGACAAUGCUACUCUUUCCUGUGAAGGUCGGCAUGGCGUUGCCCCCAUGGGUUUGACGGAAAGAAUGCGUUUGGGAGGAAAACAGAAUCACAACGAGUACAGAUUCGCCCAUAUGACGAGCAUCACUGUCCAAGCACGACAUCAGCAUUUUGUCAUCGAUCUCAUCGAUGCUGAGUUUGAGGAUGAUCAUUCCGUUGCCCAUACAUCGUACAUGCGAGCGGCAGAUGCUGCCAUACUGCUCUAUUCUACUUCCGAUUCUGCCAGCCUACUUAUGGCUAUGUCUAUAAAUCGGCAACUUGCUGGCGUUAGCGAGUUGAAGAAACCCUGUGUUCUGCUUGCAAAUGUAACUGAUGAUGCUCCACAGCGAUACGUUACCCGUGAAAUGGGUGAAAAGACGGCUCGAAACAUUCGCGCCACCUAUAUGGAGGCCAAUCUCCUAGCUCAGGAUGGAGGAGUGUACGCGGCCGUGGAACAUCUCUGCCAUGCUGUUGUCGCGAAACGAAAGAACACUGAUGCCAGCCAUAUAUGCGCUAUAAUGUGA